AUGUCGGAAAAUGCCCAAAGCCACCGCUGCCAAUGCCAAUGCCGCCAAUGCCGCCGCCAAAGCCAAAGCCAAAAAGACCAGUGGACGCCCGCAGAAGAACAUCACCUCCUAACCGCCGUCAGCGAUCUGCUGCAGACCACCACCCUGCAUCAAGAAUCUGACUUCUGGAACGUAGUCAUCUCCCUCCUGCCGCAGGACACGUUCCGCUCCGCGAAGGCCGCCAAGAAUAAAUACGACAGGCUGACGGGAGGAACAAUCAAUGUGAGGGCGUUUCUCCGCCGUCAGCAUCGCCAGGCGAUGGCUGCGGCGCGGGAGCAGGCGGAGAAGGAGGCGCGGGAAGCGGAAUUUGCGGAUGUGGAUGUGGCGGGUUUCACGACGGAGCCUGAGGAGGAUUGGAUGGAUGAUUACACGGGUGUGAGUGCCAGUGGCCCGGCUUGGGAUGAUGGGGUUAGGGAGGUUUGGGGAGAGAAGGUUAGGGAUCUGAAUUGGAAGGCUGAGCUUGUGGUCGGUAGGACGCGCGUUGUAGGAGGAGAAUCCUGA